AUGGCAUCCACCGCGAUUCCCGCUACUCUGUAUCGAAUCACGAGCUCUCAACACUGCCGACUGCAAGCGCAAGAGGCCGCGCCGUGCGCCCAAUUCGCAAGAGGCCAGACUAGCGGUUCGCUUCGUUUGCCAUCUCGCGGCGCGGCUGCUGCCGGCAGGGGUCGCACGGGAUCGGCGAUUUCGCGUCGUCGGUUGGCGACUGUCGCCGCGACGGGCACGAAUGUCGCUGCAGAUGCGGAAGUGGACUUGUACGGGCUUCUCGGGCACCUCCUGCCUGCCCGUCCCUCACUCCCAUCCUGGCUCCGCUCUUCGUCGUCUCUGCCUCAUGCCGCGUCUCUGCCUCCUCUCUGCCUUCUCCCUGCCCUCCUCCCUGCCCUCCUCUCCGCGUCCCUCUCCCUGCAGUACCACCCAGAUGUCAACAGCGACCCGGGGGCGGCAGACACGUUCAUUCAGCUCAGUAACGCGUACGAGGUGCUGGUGGACGAGGAGCAGCGGGCGCUGUACGACCGGUUUGGGGCGGCAGCGCUGAGCCGUGACUUCAUGGCGGGCAGAGGGGGCACGGAGCGCAAGGGAGCGGCGUGGGAGGCGUUUGACACGUGGGACGAGUUCCAACCGUUCCAGCGCAAGACGCGCAAGGGCGAUGCGAGGCAGGCAGCAGCAGCCAGGUGGUCGUCAGACAGCGGGAGUGAGGGCGAGGGCGAGGCAGUGGGCCAGGUGGUGGAGGCGGUGACGGGGGAUGUGGUGGAGUACCCGCUCUCUGCUGCUGUCAGGGACAGAUUUCAUGACGGCCGCAUCAAAGGCGUUGGCUUUGUGGUUGGCCGCAAUAAAGACCGUGGCGAUCGCCACAAGCUCCCACCCGAGAACCUGGGGCUGGUGGAAAUAGAGCCGCUUUUCCAGGAGGCAGGCGAGGACGUGUGGCAGACAGACGCUCUUGAGAGUGCCGCCUUCGCCUCUCUGCCUGACCUCAGAGUGCUGCGCACUGAGUUUGACAAGAGGACUGACUCGUGGCGCAUUCUGGAUGCGCUGUCCCCAGGGUGUGGGAGCCCUGUGUACGACGAGGAGAUCAUCGUGUGA